AUGGAACUGCCAACUCAUCUCUCGCAAGGCAAAGUGCGGGAAAAGCUGAUGCAGCAAAAAGGAAGGAAAGUUCGUCGUGUGAGUGUAUUAGGCAGUAAUGUAUGUAAUUCUGCUGCGAAGGUCGGCCAAGGUUGAGUUUCCAUCCUUCUAGAGGAAGUUGUAUGUGGAAGGGCGCCGUCACAGAUCUCAGAGGGGUAAGGAUAAAGAAGGUUCUCUGUAGGUACUCAUACCGCCUCAUAUCUUGUCUUGCCCUGGCCGUUGGUUGGAUCAGCUCCUGCGUGUACCGCUUUUCCCAUUUCUUCCGGAUGAAUGAACGCUGACAGGCUGACGAUGGCUGACUUCCACCCACACUCAUCUUGUGAUUGGUAGGCUACGUGGUGCCUUUUCUGGCUUCCACCAACAGUAGACCGAGUUGCGGCCGUUUUGAGCAUCAUUUUCGCUAUUGGCGCGUAG